UUUAAUUUUAUCUUUUGCGGUGGAUCACCAGAUCCUGGACUUGAAGAUAGGUGGUCGAUGAGGAAACGGGGAUCUCCAGAGAGACAAUAUUUAAAAAGGCUUCUUCUUCUUCUUCUUUCUAUUUGCAAAAGAAAGACCCAAGCGGAGGACAGCCCAGACCAGCCCGGCAGUCCCUCGAGAAAAGCGAUCUGUCAAUUUCGGUGGCUUGUGUUGAUUCAUACAAACCAGGAUCAUGGUUCGGGCCUACCAGUCCCAAUUUACCUGAAGGAGACCAUGCAAGCAAGCAAGCAAGCAAGCAAGCAGGCAGGCGGACAAGCAGGUAGGCAGGCAAGCAAGCGAGAAAGAGGAUGAAGAAGAGAACAGUAGAACUAUGUGUAGUUUAGCUGGUCUAGCAGCAGCAGCAGCAGCAGCAGCAGCAGCGGCCGGACUAGAAUACGGAACAGUUGAAGACAGGGACUCUGGGGAAGAAGGGGUCCAGAAGGGUUGCGCAGCCAAAGUGCAGUGAGAACUGACUGACUACUUUCGUUGUUUUCUGAAAGGAUCGUAGGGGCAAGAUACACUACCUAACUACUCCGUAUAAGUUAC